AUGCCGUUCACAAUCCGCUAUGCCACCGAGCAAGAUGCUCCCCACCUUGCCAACAUCAACGUACUUAGCUUCAACCACCAGGCAUCAUGGUCCACACUGUUCCCAAACGUCGACGUUUCCGGAACUUUGCCACUGAAAACAGCCCGUUGUCUUGACAAGCUCAGAGCGCCGCAAGUGCAUGUUGUGGUAGCCGUUGACGACGAUUCAGGAAAAGUUAUCGGGUACUCUCGAUGGUCGUUUCCGAAGGAUCACGAACCGAGCGUUGUCGAAUUGUCCUCUGAGAGCUUAGAUGCACUAGCGGCUCAUGACGAUGGGAAAGCGUAUCCAGAAGGUCUCAAUAUGGAGGCUUAUCAAGCAUUCAAGGACCUCUUGGCUGAUUUGCAACGGGCACAUUUAGAGGAGGGCGAUAUCACAGUGUUGGAAUUCCUAGCUACUUUACCGGAAGCUCAAGGCAAGGGUGUUGGAACGGCAUUGUUGAAAUGGGGUAUUGAGCGUGCUGAUGCGAAAAAUGCUCGAGUAUAUUUGGAGGCUACAAAGGAUGGAUAUCCGCUCUAUUGGAAGCAUGGGUGGCGGGAUUUGCAGGUGGUGGGGUUGGAUUUCACGAAGUAUGGUAGCACAGGGUCGCAGGAAUGGGUUGCUAUGCGGAGGGAUAGGAGGAGGCCUGUUGCUGGAUAA